CCCAGCCGCCCGAGAACCUCACGACACGCAGAACGUCUCAAUUUUUCCCUCCGCGCAUACCAGACUCCAGCGACUCCCCCAGUCAUUGAUUUCCCGCUGAAUGUGUUUCAUUUCUAUAUGGAAGGUAGUUUCUGCUCCAAGUAGGGGUUGGUGUUUUCUCAUUCUUGUUGAUCUUCAUUCUUCAACUUCCCUUUUUUCUUUUUUACUCCUUUUCCUUUUCUUUUUCUUCCCAUUGUCCAACUUGUGUUGUCCGAAUUCAUUUGACAGGAAGGGGAAGCGACGGGCUGCAUCUGGUGUUUUCCAACAACGACACGCCCGUGUCUUUCGAGCGUCCAAAACCAAGAUCCUCCUCCCCGUCCUCUUCCUUUUUCCCUUCGCCCAUCUAGCCACACUGUCUAUACCCCUAUCCUACCCAGCAGACACCGAUCCGUGAAAUUGCAUUCAGCUAGCUUGUCAAUGAAAAUCAAUGCAAUCGACAAACAAACGACAAUCCGCCAACCCAACAUUCAAACUACGCAGCAAACUACCACCUACCUAUCACGGAAGUG